CCGUGGUCAGUUCGUCUCCGCGUCAGUAUCACUUUGUGAAUCAGAACAUGAGCUGGACUGAAGCUCAGAGUUACUGCAGAGACAAACACACAGAUCUGGUCACUAUCAAUGACAGGAAUGAACAGAAUGACAUUAAUCAGCUCAUACAGAGAGAGAACAGCAGUGCUGGCCGUGUCUGGAUUGGGCUGAAGGACACAUGGAUUUGGUCUCUGAGUGACUCUGACUUCUACAGAGAAAAUGAAUCUCAGUAUAGGAACUGGGAACCAUCACAACCAAAUGGAGAUGGAGACUGUGUUUAUAUGGAUAAUGAUGGAAAAUGGCAUGAUGACCAAUGUAGUACAACAAGACAUUUCAUCUGCUAUAAUGGCAUAAGUAAAGAAUUCGUCUCUGUACGGGAGAAAAAGGACUGGACUGAAGCUCAGAAACACUGCACACAGUAUCACACAGAUCUGGCCAGUGUGAGGAAUGCGAAUGAGAAUCAUCAGAUUAAGAACAUCAUAACUUCACCUGAACAAGCCUGGAUCGGUCUGUACAGAUCCUGGGUUUGGUCAGAUAACAGCAACUUCACAUUCAAACACUGGGAAAAACAUGAACCCAAUAUCGGAGCUAAAAAGGACAGCAUCUGCGCAUCAACUGGUAUCAGUGAUGAAGGACAAUGGACAGACGAGCUCUGUAGAGAACUGCAUCACUUUGUGUGUUAUGAUG